CGCCGCUGCUUCCGUCUCCUGCAUCCUCAACUCACGCUCCAGAGCAGCAACGAUCCCCUUCCCCACUACCCCACGUUAGCAUCAGCACCGUCAACCAUCAUGGCUCCUGGCGCAAUUCAGAAUGACACAGCUGCGGCAAAUGGAAACAGCACCACGCUGAAGCCCACUGCCCGCUCCUUCCACCCCACAGGCACCCCAGAUCCCUCCAAGUACCACUCGGCGUCGUCGCAAGAUGCCAUCAAGACAGAGGCCGACUUCGCAGCGCACAACUACCACCCCCUUCCCAUUGUCUUCUCAAGAGCAAGCGGUUGCAGCGUUUGGGACCCCGAGGGCAAGCACUAUCUCGACUUCCUCUCCGCCUACAGCGCCGUCAACCAGGGCCACUGCCACCCCGAACUUGUCAAGGCCCUCACUGAGCAAGCCUCGCGGUUGACUCUGAGCAGUCGCGCCUUCUACAACGAUGUGUUCCCUCGCUUUGCCGAAUAUGCCACCAAGCUGUUCGGCUUCGACAUGAUCCUUCCCAUGAACACUGGCGCAGAGGCGGUUGAGACAGCCGUCAAGGUCGCGCGCAAAUGGGGAUACAAAGUCAAGGGUAUCCCGCAGAACGAGGCGCUGGUCUUCUCUGUAGAAGAGAACUUCCACGGACGGACAUUUGCCGCCAUUACCAUGUCUACCGACCCCGAGUCUCGCGACAACUACGGCCCUUACCUCCCGGGUAUUGGAAGCGCGUGCCCCGCCACUGGCAAACCACUCCGUUACAACAAUGUUGACGAUGUGCGGGAAGCAUUCGAGAAGCAUGGAAAGAACCUAGCUGCUUUCCUGGUCGAGCCCAUUCAAGGUGAGGCUGGUAUCGUGGUGCCAGAUGACAGCUACCUGCGAGAAGUGAGGGCACUCUGCGAUAAGCACAACGUCCUGCUCAUCUGCGACGAGAUUCAAACGGGUAUUGCGCGGACAGGCAAGAUGCUCUGUCACGAGUGGAGUGGCAUCAAGCCUGAUUUGGUCCUGCUGGGCAAGGCUAUCUCAGGUGGCAUGUACCCUGUUUCGUGCGUUCUCGGCUCGAAAGAGGUCAUGCUUACUAUCGAACCUGGUACUCACGGUUCAACUUACGGCGGCAACCCUCUCGGCUCUGCCGUCGCGAUCCGGGCUCUUGAACUCAUCGAAGAAGAGAACAUGGUUGAGCGCGCUGAGACAUUAGGCAACAAGUUUCGAGAAGGCCUCAAGAAUAUCAACAACCCCAUGAUCAAGAUCAUUCGUGGAAAGGGCUUGUUGAACGCCAUUGUCAUCGACGAAAGCAAGACAAACGGACACAGCGCGUGGGAUCUCUGUAUGCUCUGCAAAGAGAAGGGAUUACUGGUAGGAAGAGCCCUCAAGAUUAUGCAUGUGAAAGAGGUUGACGGUGCUGACUCUGAUGGACAGGCGAAACCAACACACCAAAACAUCAUUCGCCUCGCGCCACCGCUUGUUAUCACUGAACAAGAGAUUGAAUCGGCUUUGUCGAUUCUCAAGGAGGCUAUGGAGGAGCUGCCAAACCUCAAAGGCGAGAAAGAGAAGGAAGUACUCACCUCAGCUGUUGGGCUGGAGAAGAACGUCCAUAUAGGAGUGGAUAACUAGGAACAUUGUCAGUUCCUUGCGAUACCCCGUACGACUGAUUUGAAGCUAUGACUGCUGUAGACCUGUAAACAGGUCAUCCUUCGUUGCUCCACCAUCAAGGACAUGGAUACGA